GGGGCGGAGGUAACCAGAAGCGGGCAGACGGAGGCCGCUCCGCGGUCUCCACCCCUUCAGCGCUGCGCUCGCUACGAGCGUGCCGGGAGAGGACGCGAGCGGCUGUGCCAGCUGCGUUCCGAGCUCGGGCCCCGCUGCUGCUUCUCCUCCAAGCGCCGGGCGUCCCCGCCGCGCUCAGUCCGAAGUCGGCCACCAUGGAGGCGCAGGCACGAGGUUUGUUGGAGACUGAACCACUGCAAGGAAGAGAUGAAGACACAGUAGCCAGUGCUGACUUCCCUAGCAUGCUCUCUGAGGAGGAAAAAGAAGAGUUAAAGGCAGAACUAGUUCAGCUAGAAGAUGAAAUUACAACAUUACGACAAGUUUUAUCAGCGAAAGAAAGGCGCCUGGUUGAGAUAAAACAAAAACUCGGCAUGAACUUGAUGAAUGAAUUAAAACAGAACUUCAGCAGAAGCUGGCAUGAUGUGCAGACUACUACUGCCUACAAGAAAACACAUGAAACUCUGAGUCACGCAGGGCAGAAGGCAACUGCAGCUUUCAGCAACGUUGGGACGGCCAUCAGCAAGAAGUUUGGAGACAUGAGCUUUGAUACCUAGAGGCAAAUAUUUAUAUCUUUGUGUUUAAGUUAUUUUUUGACGUCAAAAAUUACUGGAUUGUUCCCAAUAUUCAUGCAUCAUCUUAACAACUUGGCAUUCAUGAGGCUAGAGUUAAGUAAGUACAUGUGCAUGAAUCUGAGUACAUUGCUUUAUCUUCAUUUUUGCUAAUAAAGCAAUAACAAAAAGCAGUUAAAAUUCUUCAGAGGCAGUGUGUGAUGAAUGGUAAAUAUUCUGGAUUAUGAAUUAACCCUAACUUUAUUAUAUAAAAAUUUGCAGUCAUUUCAAUGGCAUUAAAACAUUUAUCUAAACUAAUUAAAUAAUUCCUUAAAACAGGAAAGACCUUAUCACCAGUUAUAUCCAAGAAAAUAUAUUUUGUCAUGUUUAUAAAGUUUGUUCUCCACAUACUUAGUUGAAACCUUUCACUUGAACACUGGGAUUCAGUGGCAUAAUACUGCCAACUAGAAUAGUGUUUCUCUAAUGGUAGCAGACCUUACAGACACCUCUGAAGCUUGAUAAAUGCAUAUUCUCAGAUUCCACCUCUCUCUCCAAGAUUGCACCUCAGUAGGUCUUGGGUGGCGUCUAGGAAUCUGUGGCUGUUCUCAGUUAUAAAUGGGGAAAAGAGUAACAACGUCUUCAGUUUAUAUUCAAGUAGCAAAAGAGAGCCUGCUAUGUAUUAAACACUCAAUAAAUGCCAGUUUUUACCUUUACUAAGUGACUGUCUCAGUUACAAGGUGACCCCACAGGACGGAAAUUAGGGAGAGUCGGUGAACAGGAGUGCAGUGUGUUUCAUAAGUUGUAAAGAACGAAGACCGUGUUUCACACAUGCAGCAUGUUGACAUACUCAUGUUCCUACAUGAACUGGGCAUAAUAUCAAGGUUGUGUUGACUGCCUUUCCUCCUGUUUCAAUGUGGCUUUGUUUUAGCAUAACGGAUAACCUGUUUCCCAGGAGUUCCAAACUUUUCAUUAACUAUUGCUCUGUGUAGAGGAUACAAAACUUCCAUUAAAAACUGUGGCUAAAAAUAUUGGGAAAUGUAGUCCACAUUCAAAUAUGGGCCUGUAAUAUUUUGUAGACCUAUAUUUUCAGGCCUAUAUUUUUCUCAAACUAUGAUAUCUAACAUUUGAAAUAAAUGAGGAUAACUUCCUGUGAAAGCAAAAAGUUUUACAAAGAAUUGUUACUUUUAUACUGGAACAAGUAAUAUAUGUAAAAGUCAUAUUUGAAAAGUACUUAAGUUUAAUAUAAUAACGAUUCUCAAAAGAGAACAAUUAGUAAGUUUUAAAUUUUUCGUUCAAAUUAAUUUGCCAGUUUAUAAAAUGAUAGUGGGGAAAUUUUAAAAUUUUAUCACAGGCAUUUUACUUUGAACCCCUUUUCAGUUUGAAAGUAUCAUAUUAUUUUAUAUUUUGUUAGUUAUACCAUAAAAUUCUUUUGUGAAUUCUGGGAACAAAUUUCUGAACUUCUUCAAAAAGAUUGCCAGAAAAAUUCAGAUACCUGAGAAGAAAAACAGUACCUCUCAGUUUUGUGGGGGUUUUUUGUUGCUGUUUUUUGUUGUUGUUGUUGUUGGCUGCACUGCGAGGCUUAUGGGAUCCUAGUUUCCCGAACAGGGAUCGAACUCGGGCCCUUGGCAGUGAGAGCUCAGAGUCCUAACCACUGGGCCGCCAGGGAAUCCCCUCUCAGUUUUUCUUUAAAAUAAUUAAAAGUUAAUGCUUACAGGUUUUGAAAACCUAGAAUUUGGGCCUUUUAAUAACUGGAUGAAAAGUGCUAUGUUAGGAUUUAAUUUAGAUGUUUUAUAAAAAUAAAUAAUAUUUCCUGAGCUAAGGUUCUCGUUUUCUCCUGAUUGCCACUAAGUGAAGGCCCCUUAGGCUGGUCACGGAAUUGCUCUGCCUCCUUCUCCACCUGUCAGGUAACGUGGUUAAUAGCUACCUAACUAGACUGUUUUCUCUGAAGGUAAAAUAAGGUCACAUUUAUGAAAGCACUCUGAAGAAACGCAAGCUAUUAGAAUCACUUUUAUGUUAAUAAUGUUGCCAUCUUCUUGGGACUUCUUGGUGAAUUUGUUCAAACUGCAUGUGAUCUAGUGGAGAGGAAAUCUUUGGAGGAGGCAUGUAACUUUAUUAGAGCAUCCAGCCACCUCUAUAUAUCCAUGAGAAAAAUAGUGAGAAGCACACGUACCAUAGGUUGGUAAAGUAAUUGUGAAGACAUUAAAAAGUCAGUGUACUCAGAAAGAGUAAAAAUGGGGCCCCCUCAUCUUUUCCUUGGGGCUCUUGAAAGAGGGGACAGCGGGCAGCGAGGCCGCUUCCUUGCGUCCUGAUGUACUAACCCUGCUCCUGUUCUUCU